CGCCCUGCACCCCUCCCCUUCGCCUCCCGUGGAUCAGCUGGGGUACUCGAGAUGUCUGUUGACAGCGGUGGCGGCGACUGUGCGGCCGGUUCCGGGAUCCGCGGAGGGCGGGGGAUGUGAGUCCUAUGGAGCUACACGGGGAAGAAGAGCAGCCGCCACCGCAGGAGCCCUGGGGGAGGCUUCUUCGUCUAGGCGCAGAGGAGGACGAAUCCCAAAUCCUUCUUUGGAAACGCGAGUGGACCAUCGGAAGGAAGAGAGGCUGUGACCUCUCUUUCCCCAGCAAUAAACUGGUCUCUGGAGAUCACUGUAAACUUAGAGUGGAUGAAAAAUCUGGUGAGGUGACACUGGAAGACACAAGCACCAAUGGAACGGUAAUCAACAAGCUACAAGUUGUUAAGAAGCAGACUUACCCUUUACAGAGCGGGGACAUCAUCUAUUUGGUAUACAGGAAGAAUGAGCCAGAACACAAUGUGGCAUACCUCUAUGAAUCUUUAAAUGACAAACAGAGCUUAACUCAAGAAUCCCUUGAAGCCAAUAAAGAAAAUAUGUUCCAUGUGACCAAAGAUUCCUCAGGUCCAGGGCAGGGUGAUGACCCCCAGGUUCCACUAUUGUCACCCAUGGCUCAGACAUGCUUAGAGGAACCACAGCCAUCAACAUCGACAUCAGACCUCCUCCCCACGGCCUCUACCUCUUCUACGGAGCCAGAGCUGACCUCUGCAGGGCAAAAGCAUUCCUCUAGCUCUGGACCUGGGAAUACAAGCAUCUCCCCAAAAGAAUGCAGUUCACUUGUUGCAAAUGGUGAACUCUCUAGCCUUUCUCCAAUUUUCCAAGACAAAGAAGCAUCCUUUUCUUUGUUGAAAACCGAAGACCAUGAGGAAUUGGAGCCUGCCAAAAAAAAGAUGAGAAGAGAUGGGGAGCUUAACAUGAACCUCCAGUUAUUAGUUGCAGACCAGCAUGGAAAUGCCCAAACCUCAAGUGAGGAUAUCAAAGACGUCUCUGUGAAGCCAGACAAGAUGGAGGAGACACUAACCUGUAUCAUCUGUCAAGACCUUCUGCAUGAUUGUGUGAGUUUGCAGCCUUGUAUGCACACAUUUUGUGCAGCUUGCUACUCUGGUUGGAUGGAGCGUUCAUCUCUGUGCCCUACCUGCCGAUGUCCAGUGGAGCGGAUUUGCAAAAACCAUAUCCUGAACAACCUCGUGGAAGCAUACCUUAUCCAGCACCCAGAUAAGAGUCGCAGUGAAGAAGAUGUGAGAAGUAUGGAUGCAAGGAAUAAAAUCACUCAAGAUAUGCUGCAACCCAGAGUCAGGAGGUCUUUCUCUGAUGAGGAGGGAAGUUCAGAGGACCUGCUAGAGCUGUCUGAUGUUGAUAGUGAAUCCUCAGACAUCAGUCAGCCGUACAUCGUAUGCAGACAGUGUCCUGAGUACAGAAGGCAAGCAGUGCAGUCCCUUCCUUGCCCAGUCCCAGAUAGUGAGCUGGGAGCUGCGCAGGCCCUUGGUGGGGAAGCACCUUCAACAUCUGCCAGCUUGUCAAUAGCAGCCCCUGAUUAUACGUGCCCUCUUCAAGGAAGCCAUGCCAUAUGCACCUGCUGCUUCCAGCCUAUGCCUGACCGGAGAGCUGAGCGUGAGCAGGAUUCCCGUGUUGCCCCUCAACAGUGUGCAGUGUGCCUGCAGCCCUUCUGCCACCUGUAUUGGGGCUGUACGAGGACUGGCUGCUUUGGCUGCUUGGCCCCAUUCUGUGAGCUCAACCUGGGGGACAAGUGCUUGGAUGGAGUGCUGAACAAUAACAAUUAUGAAUCGGAUAUCCUGAAGAAUUACCUGGCAACCAGGGGUCUGACAUGGAAAAAUAUGUUGACCGAGAGUCUCCUGGCUCUACAGCGGGGUGUAUUUAUACUGUCUGAUUACAGAAUCACUGGAAAUACUGUGCUAUGUUACUGCUGUGGUCUGCGUAGCUUCCGAGAGCUGACCUACCAGUAUCGUCAGAACAUUCCUGCUUCUGAGUUGCCAGUGACCGUAACAUCCCGUCCUGAUUGCUACUGGGGCCGUAACUGUCGCACUCAGGUGAAGGCUCACCAUGCAAUGAAAUUCAAUCACAUCUGUGAGCAAACAAGGUUCAAGAACUGAAUAUUGGAGGAGACCCAUGAAACAGUUACAGAGCACAGGAGGCAAUGAUACUGUGUUUUUUAAAAUACCCCUUUCAAACACUUUAAGGGCAUUUUUACGGUUUUCCCUAAGCAGCGCUGGGGUUUCUGGUCAGGCACUCUGGUGUAGCUUUUCCCUUUGUAGAACUUUAUCCUCGGUGAUACACAUACCAAAUCCUCUGGUAACCUGGGAGGCCUACUGGCCACAAUGGCCUUCUAGUCAGUGCAAGAGGAUCAGUAGACUGAGACCUCCCUGCCACUAGGCAGCUCUCCCCUCCUGUGUGAUGAGGCAGUGACAGUGCAGGUUUAUACUUUUGUAUCUUUUCUACCUUGUACCUUGACUACAGUUAAAAUGGAAAAGUUCGUGGGAAAAGCUGUCAGAUAUGUCAGAAGCAUUCUCCAGAAGGAAAGGAAGCAUAAGUUUACAGCCUCCAGGGAUAUAUAGGAUAGUCUUCUGUCUGGAAAGACACAGCCUUUUGUAUAUUUUUUAUUUUAAUAAGUUUGGUGCUUAUCUUCUAAUAAGAUUUAAAUAUUAAAAACUGUAGCACAAAUACUAUAAUUUAUAAUUUACAAAUUGACUAAAAUUAGGGAUAGCCUGGUAUUUGGAAGAAUGAGCAUAUGUUUCUGUUUAUUUAAAAAAAAUUAUCAAAUGUCCAAAACUGCUAAUCCUGGGGAGGAUGUCUCGAGUAUCCAGGUCCUUGACACAGGGCUGGCCAGUGUCUCUUGUCCAGCAGGCCAGGCCCUUAGCCUCUGCCCUUAGCCCUCCAGUUCCUGAGAGCAGCUCCCUGCUGAAACUCCAGAUGGCUCCAGGCUGACAGGGCCUUUGCUUCCCAAGCCCUGAUCUGGUACAUUAGGUUUGCCAUGUCAUCUGGAAUAAUACUUGAAAUUUUGUUUUUAGGUUUUUUUUGUAAUCUUUUCUUGAGAUCACCUGUUAUAUUUGUUUGCAAACUGGUAACUUUUUGCUUCUCAGGAAUACAAUUUUCAACUGUUGUCUUGCUCUUGAUGUAGACUGAGAGGCAGUACUCUGUGUUUGUGGGAGAUGGUUCUCUUUUUUUGAUUCUAAUAAAUGAGCUGUGUUUGUUUCUC